GCUCCUCCAAAUAUUCUUACACCAGAGGAUUUUGCCAGUCUCUCUCUCUUUCUUUCUUUCUCUCUCUCUCUCUAUUUAUAAAUUGUCUCUCACCCAUCUUCAGCAGCAAAUUCCAUUUCUUUUGAUUUAAUUAAGGGAAGUGGAAUAACCAACAAAAAAGAUAAAAAAGAAAGAGAGAGACACAGAGAGAGAGAACCAUAGAGGAUGAGCACAUCCUCUGUUUCCAUUACCAUUAUUCCUCAUCCUAGAUCUUAGUUUUCUCUCAUUUCAUCAUCUGGGUCCUCCUCAUAUGGAUUCUUGGGUCAUGUUCUGAUUGGUGGAACAAAGAUCCGAUGGUUCUAAAUCGAAUUUGAUCAAUACCCACUUUGUGUUUUGAUCAGAGCACCAAUCGGGUUCUGUCUGAAUUUUCAUUGAAGAAGAGAUGGAAUCAGAUCUUGGAAAGCUCUUCAUUGGUGGGAUUUCUUGGGACACAGAUGAAGAAAGACUUAAGGACUAUUUUAGGAAAUAUGGGGAGGUGGUGGAAGCAGUGAUCAUGAGAGAUCGUGCCACUGGUCGUGCUCGUGGCUUUGGUUUCGUUGUGUUUGCAGAUCCUGCUGUUGCAGAAAGAGUCAUCAUGGACAAGCACAUAAUUGAUGGCCGCACAGUUGAGGCAAAGAAGGCUGUACCUAAGGAUGAUCAGCACAUUUUAAAUAGAACCCCUGGUAGUGUUCAUGGUUCUCCAGGCCCUGGACGUACCAAAAAGAUUUUUGUGGGAGGUUUAGCAUCCACAGUCACUGAGAGCGACUUUAAGAAAUACUUCGAUCAGUUUGGUACAAUUACCGAUGUUGUAGUGAUGUAUGAUCACAACACCCAAAGGCCAAGAGGCUUUGGCUUCAUCACCUAUGAUUCUGAGGAUGCAGUGGAUAGAGUGCUCCUCAAACAGUUUCAUGAAUUGAAUGGUAAAAUGGUUGAGGUCAAGAGGGCAGUCCCAAAAGAACUAUCCCCAGGUUCCAGUCGGAGCCCUAUUGUAGGAUAUAACUAUAAUUUGAGUAGGGCCAAUAGCUUCCUUAACAAUUAUGUUCAGGGUUAUAAUAUGAGCCCAGUUGGAGGUUAUGGAGUCAGGAUGGAUGGUAGGUUUAAUCAGGUUGCUAGUGGUCGUAGUGGGUUUUCCCCAUUUGGUACAACUGGUUAUGGAAUGAGUCUGAAUUUGGAGCCAGGGUUGAGCCCAAGCUAUGGUGGCAAUUCCAACUUUGGCAAUAGUCUUGGCUAUGCACGGAUGCUGAGUCCUUAUUAUAGUGGAAAUUCAAACAGGUAUAGCACUCCUAUUGGGUAUAGUGGGGGUAAUGGAAGAAAUGAUUCUCUACUAAGCUCCACCACUCGAAAUGUCUGGGGAAAUGGGGGCCUUAACAAUGCUGUGAACUCUUCAAGCCCUGGUGCUUACUUGAACUCUGGAAGUGGGGGUUUUGGAGUUUUUGGAAAUAGUAGUGCGAAUUGGGGCCCUUCUCCUGGUUCAACUCAAGGUGGAGGGAGUCCUCCUGGUUAUACUAGUGGGAAUAUUGGUUAUGGCAGUGGAGACAACAGCUUUGGGUUGGGAGCUGGGGGAGGGUAUGGAAGAAACAGUGGCACAGGUUUAGCCCAAUCUUCAUCAUUCGCUGCAUCAAGUGGAAGCUAUGAGGGAUCCUAUGGUGACUUGUAUCGUAGUGGUUCUGUUUAUGGCGAUUCAACUUGGCGAUCUACUACUCCUGAGCUAGAUGGUUCUGGCUCAUUUGGUUAUGCGCUUGGCAAUAUGUCUUCAGAUGUCACAGCCAAAAGUUCUGAGGGCUAUAUUGGAAGUUACAACGUUACAAGUAGACAAGCAAAUAGAGGAAUUGCUACAUAGGAGAUUUGUUAUUUGGACAGCACAUGGUAAUGUUAGGUGAAGAACAGCUGAAGGAUUGUGAAUUUCAUACAUCUUCCUUAUUAAGAUAUUUCUGCUUACAAGGAAGUUGAUCAUAUAGUGCUAACGGAGUUCCUUGAUUUGAUGUAUACAUAUUCAGAGAGAAAGCAGUUUACAAGGUAUUUUGUGUAAGGUUUGGGAUUUCUUUUUUCUUUCUUCAGAACAUAGGUUCCUUUCUUGGAAUUUGGUUGAGCUGUAAAAUCAGAUUGCGGGAUAUAUACUCAGGAAGAGUGGUUCCAAUUAAUGUAUCGUGCAUCUCUGGUGAGGAGCGCCAGCGGUAGUAGUAUGUUAAAAAAAAAAAAAAAAUAGAGUAUUAAUUUUUUGAAUUUUUUUCAAUGCUGUAAUGUCUGGCAAAGUUGCCAGCUCUUGUCCUUAUAUUUCUUCCUCUGUUCGGAUUUGAUUCUCUCAGUUUGUACGUGAGGUUCAGUUUGAUUUACUAGUGUGAAACAUUAGAGGGAUACCCUUCUAGGUUCCCCAUCAAAUAAGCUACUGAAUAUUUUGAUUUAUUUUUUAAUUGAACAUUUACACAGAAGUUCACACUUAUUUCUGAAUGAAAUGAAUGUUUGAUCACAA